AACUGCUGCUCUGGAUCUGCUUCCCAGUGAGUGGGAAGCUGUGCAUUGUGUUCAGAGUGGAAGAUUCUGGCAGGACAAAACGCGGGAAGUGCCGACUCGAAACCGACUCGACUCCCGGGAUGAGAGGGGUGCGAGCUUGGCGCUCCCUGUCAUAAGCGGCAUGCCUCCCGCCUCCAACGCUCCAGCUUUCUCAACAUCGCUGCUCUCCGACUAGAUGUCCGCAGAAUACUAGCAGCUCGCGUCCGGCCUCCCGGACGUUAAUCUCUUCGACGACUACAUGCCCUGCACAGCAAACGAUACCGGCGGGCGUUGUGCAUCGCCAUCUGGCGGUAAAACGAACCAGACGUCCCAUCCGCGCAACAAGGAGAGUCAUGCAAAGACGAAGCACAAGGCAGAGCUCAAAGUGUCGGAGGAGCGACUUACGCCUGCAGGCACGCGCUAUCCUUCCGGCGAUGAAGUACGACCCCAUCCCAAGGGCGCCCUAUCCAGGUCUGAGCGCCUCGCCGCUGACCGCGCAACGCUCGCUGCCACCGUCAUGGGCCAGCGGCACGACGACGAGACCGCCGGUCUGACAGGGAAAGGUGGGCGCCUGUACGUCCCGCACCGUUGCUACGUCUGCAGCCACAAGUAUACUGUUGUGCACGAUCUUUACCACCACCUUUGCCCGCCAUGCGCUUCGCACAACAUUGCGAAACGUGCCGCGGGCGCCGACAUGCGCGGACGCGUGGCGCUCGUGACGGGUGGCCGUGCCAAAAUCGGGAUGUACGUCGCGCUCCGGCUGCUGCGCGAUGGCGCACGUGUCACGAUCACAACCCGCUUCCCACGCGAUGCGGCGCGACGCUUCGUCGCGCUCGCCCGCGCGGAUGCUGAGCGGGUUGCCCACGCGGUUGACGACCCAGCGAAUACCGCCGACUGGCUCGACCGCCUCACCAUCGUGGGAAUUGACCUCCGUGACCCACGACAGGUGCUUUCGCUCGCUGCAAUGUUCCCCGUGCUCGAUGUACUCGUCAACAAUGCUGCCCAGACCAUCCGCCGCAGCGCAGACGCGUACGCGCCCCUCGUCGAGGGCGAACGCCUCCCACUACACGGGCCAACACCCGAAAUCCGCGUGCUUGGAGGGUAUAUUCAGAGCCUGCUGCCGGCGCUGGACGCGAUUGCGCCCCCUUACAAGGUCGAGGCGAGCGAGAAUGCUGCAGUCGUAAGGGCCGACGAUGUCGUCAAGGACCGCCGCCUAGCAUACGCCGUUGAGCCGACCUUGCGUGGAGUGUCAGGCCCGCCUCGCUUAGACGUGCUCGACGCCGCUGGCCUCCGCCCCGACGCUGGGGCAGCGAACACAUGGUCCAAUCCCAUUGGGUCCGUUCCUGCCGCCGAAGUGCUCGAGGUGCAACUCUGCAACGCCGUUGCGCCGCUCCUCCUUCUCAACUCGCUGCGGCCGGCUUUGGUGGCGGCUGCGUGUGCGCCGCCAGUGUCGCCAACCGAGUCCACCUCCCGCCGUUACACUUAUGUCGUGAAUGUCACUGCUGCCGAAGGGCAGUUCAGCCACUUCAAGACACCGGGCCACGCACACACCAACAUGGCCAAGGCGGGACUCAACAUGCUCACCCGCACGGUGGGCGCAGAACUCGCCAAGCGCGGCGUGCUUGUGACCUCCGUUGAUACCGGAUGGGUGACCGACGAGCGGCCUUGGAAGGAUAAACGUGCCGCAGCUGCUGCCGGUUUCGCUUGCCCACUAGAUCUCGAAGACGGGGCCGCACGCGUGUACGAUCCCAUUGUGCGUGGCGAGUUGGGCGAGGCACUGCAUAGCGUGCUGCUCAAAGACUACGGCGUCGCGUCGUGGUGAGCGGGUGCCUACUUCGGGACUCGCUCUUCGCGCGACAAUCUUUCCGAUUCCGAGUGCAGAGAUGAAUUGGCGAGAUUACCGCCAUGCUCA